AACGUGCUGAAAGACUAUUUGACGUUACAGAAGAAGUCCCGUGUCCUUCACAACAGCAAACAUGGCGUCUGCUACCAAACUCAUACAGAGGCUCCGAAAUUUUUUAUCCGGGCACGACCUGCAAAGCAAACUGCAGCUGAGAUAUGGGGAGAUUGCAAAGAGGACACAGCCACCACCCAAACUGCCAGUCGGCCCGAGCCACAAGUAUGCUAGCAACUACUACUUCAGCAGAGAUGGACGCAGAGAGUCGGUACCCGCCACGGUCAUCAUGUCUUCUAAGAAGGCUCUUACCGCUGGCAGUGAAGUUGCUGAAGCCCCAAAGCUUCCAGUGACCCCGGGUACUGUGUAUAAGGAGCCAUCACUCUCCACAGACCAGCCGUACCUCUGAGCAGCAGGAUUAACUCAACAACAACCCAAUUUCUCCAUCCACCUCUGCUGUAGAGGCCUGACAACUGCUUGUGUUGGUUGUGUCCUGUACAAUAGAAAAUGUGAAUAAAAUGUGUUCUAUUUAA